AUGGAGAAUGUCCCAGACGGUAAACUCCGCAUCCUCGGUGCUUAUCUGCGGCGGGGAUUCGCGUGCCUCGCUGAACUGGCCGGCCGAUUUGCCGGUCAGUGCCCGGAGGCUCCACGGGAAGACGGGAAAUCCCAAUACUCACCGCAAUACGAAAUCAAGAUGGCGAGCCCUGUUGAAAGAAGUGCGGGACACUUUGCUGGGGUGCCUAUAGCGUACGGUUGGGACUCCGCAGAACACGCGAAAGCGCGAGAACGCGAGAAAUACGACGAAACUACGAAACAUCGUACCAUCUCCAGACUUGACGCCUGCGUUGUUAUUACGAAUGUUGCAAGCGACGCUGAAAUUUCCAUGCGUGCUUGGUACUUCAUGUUUCAACUCGACUCUCAAUCUCACGAUGCCCAGCUACAGCCGCCAACUCUUGUCGUUGAUCAAACCAACGGGUACGUACCCAGGCGCACUUUGGUUUCCGCAAGGGGCAGGCUUGGUUCGGUCCAAUUAAGCGAGCCAUGGGCCCCAGAAUUCCGCCCGGUUGGUGCGCCGCAGCGCCUCCCCCGAGAUCUAUUCGCCGGCCAGGGAAUGGACGGCAUUUUCCACCUCGCCUGUCUUUUCCUGUACGGACACUUGGGUCGUAUCGUUCUGCCACUGCCGACGGAAUAUCCCACGACCCGCCGCCACCUCCACUCUCCAUCCAACCUUAGCAGGUCCUAA